GCCGUUCGGCCUGCUGGCAGCUGCUUCUGAUCAUCAGCGUGUCUGUAAUCUUUCGUCCCACAGAAGAGACAGUGAGCAGGAUUCAUCUGAGGGAAGAUUGAUUUUUUGAGGUCACCGUCUAGAAAAACAAACACAAUCGGCAGUUCAUUCAUCAAGUCCGGCUUUAUCGUUGAAGGAGACCUUUCAUUUUGUCAAGCGGAGUAAUAAAAAGUCAAUUUUUGGCAUUAAUCUAAGGAUGAUAUUGACAACGAGUGAUCUGUCUACUACAAUUCUUGAGUCCAAAGUUCAAUGCUUUAAGAAAAAUAUCUUUAAUCCUGCUGAGGUGUCAACAAACCUGCUUGGUCUCUUCACCAACAGUAAAGCAUCAACAGUCUGACUCUGUCCAUUCAGGAUCUCUAACCUCAGGCAUUAAUCGCACAAGCGUUCAUCAAAGGGAAGCUUCAGCUGGAGAUCCGAAGUCUUGGAGGCUCUGUGACUGUCAGACUGCCAAGUGGUUCUGGCAACAAAUCGCACAUCCUGAAAGCAGAGUAGAGGAGAAGAGCUUUCGGGUAAACAAGAGUCUGUCAAGUUUCAUCACUAAAUAGCAGAGGCUUUUAUUCAUCGGUCAACAGAGAUAGAAACACACACCUGUCAGAUCUCAAACAGACACGUGCUGCUACGCUAACUGGUUUCAAUCAGGCUCCUCUGAAUAGGCAUGGCCGACUGGAGUCUGCUGGGGAACUUUCUAGAAGAAGUCCAGGAGCAUUCAACCUCGGUGGGAAAGGUGUGGCUCACUAUUCUUUUCAUCUUCCGGAUCUUGGUACUAGGCACGGCUGCUGAAUCCUCGUGGGGGGACGAGCAGGAAGACUUCACCUGCGACACAGAGCAGCCCGGCUGCGAGAACGUUUGUUACGACCGAGCCUUUCCUAUAGCGCAUAUACGCUUCUGGGUGCUCCAGAUCGUGUUCGUGUCUACACCUUCUCUGAUCUACAUGGGGCACGCAAUGCAUAUCGUCCGCCGAGAGGAGAAGAAGAGGAAAGAGCUGGAUGAUGAAGGAGCGCAGAGAGAUGGAGAAAAGUACCCAGAAGAUGACAAGAACAAGGAGGACGAAGGUGGAGGUAGGAGGGUACGAUUGAAGGGUGCGUUGCUGCAAACAUACGUCCUCAGCAUCCUCAUCCGCACUGUGAUGGAAGUGAUCUUCAUCAUAAUCCAGUACCUGAUCUACGGAGUCUUCCUUAGUGCACUCUAUGUGUGUAAAGCCCCUCCGUGUCCACAUCCGGUCAACUGCUACAUCUCCAGACCAACAGAGAAGAACGUGUUCAUUGUCUUCAUGCUAGCAGUAGCAGCGGUGUCACUGCUGCUUAGUAUCGUGGAACUGUAUCAUUUGGCAUGGAAGCAGUUGAGGAAGUAUGUGCACGGAUACAAGGCUUCCAAACAACGACCAAACACGCCGUCCACCAUGCCUGCACUUUCACCAAAUCCGUCCACCCCAAACCGAGCCUGCACCCCACCUCCAGAUUUCAACCAAUGCUUGACCUCGCCGCCAUCUUCUCCUACUUUACAGACACACUCACUUUUACAUCCGACCUGCCCUCCAUUUCACGACCGACUGGCGCACCAGCAGAACUCUGCAAACAUGGUCACUGAAAGGCACAGAGGACAAGACUACUUGGGGGUCAACUUCUUGAGCUUCUCACAGACACCUACAGAGACUCCCAACUCCUGUGCCUCACCUUCAUUCCUAAGCAGUGAUUUUGAGGACAAGCGAAGGUUUAGUAAGAGCAGCGGGACCAGCAGCCGCAUGAGACCGGACGACCUUGCGGUAUAGCACUGGCCAGUCAUAUGUGGAAAUUGGGUUGUCUAGUGUGACUAAAGGCUGAUUUAUACUUCUGCAUCAAGCGCAUGCGUAUGCUCCGGUGCAACCUUCAUGCAGUCGAAUAGCCCUUGCCGUGGCUAACGCCUCUCAAAAAAAUGUAACUACAUGUCACAACGAUUCAUAGCGCAAGCUCUGCGAUUGGUCAGCUUGGUAGUGCUGACAAGCAUGGAUGGUGCUGAGAGCCGUGAGCCAUAUGCAGCGAUUGCUUAUGUAACCCCACCGGUCCUACACCACCCAACCCGCUCCGAGCUGGGAGCGAACCGGCGACCUUCCGCAUGGGAGUCGGUUGCUCUAACAAGGAGGCUAAAGACCAUGGCCUCUAGUGUCUGUCGCUAGAGCACCUUUAGAGGUCAGAGGAGUGAGGAUUACCUGCACAGCACACAAUAGCUGGCCUCUGUUACACUCACCCCCCUAAACCUCACUCCCAUCCGGGUCACGGCACCAAUGUAACCCCACCGGUCCUACACCACCCAACCCGCUCCGAGCUGGGAUCGAACCGGCGACCUUCCACAUGGGAGUCGGUUGCUCUAACAAGGAGGCUAAAAACCAUGGCCUCUAGCGUCCGCUGCUAGAGCACCUUUAGAGGUCAGAGGAGUGAGGUUUACCUGCACAGCACACACUAGCUGGCCUCCGUUACACUUACAGUUGUCAAGCCCUACGAAGGAGCUCCAAAUGGAAACUUUUGUUUUGUGUUUACCUUAUGAUUAAUGUUGUUGCACGUCCGCCGGUUCCCGCCUCUGAAUAGGCAAGUUUUAGCUACGUAUUUUAAGAAACUGAACACAGAGGAACAUGCAAACAUACUGCCAGCUAGCGUGUCAGAAUUGUUAUUGCAGAGCAACACAAACAGCACACAGAAGUAUAUAUGCACGACUACGCACAAGGCAAGCACCGCGCUGUUCACGCCAAUCACUCAACGCAGAAGUAUAAACCAGCCUUAAGCCUCAAA